CCAUGAAAUCGAUUGCUCUUGCCUGACUCAACAGCUGUUUUUUGCGCAUGUCUGGGUUAUUUCGAAGUUUCGCGCCAAACAAAGCAAAGCGUAAGUAAACACACAGGAGAACGAAGGUUGCUCGCUUAGCGUUUUAAUGUGAUUUUGGUGAACGUCUGUUUUUUUUUAUUAAAGUUCGUUUUAAUGGAGACGCCGUCAUACGUUCCCGUGCCUCCCGGCGUGGGUAUGGAAGAUAAUUUCUUCUCUCUUGACGACAUUUUACUUUCUCACGAGAGGCUGCCUAGUCGGAUGGAGUGCUUAUUUCCCCGACUGGGAUUCCUGGAAAAAUCGAGUGACUCGCGUGAUAUUCAGGAGGGUACAAAAAUGGAGAUGCCCCUUUUCCUGGCAAAGGGCUUGUAUGAAAGGAAGAGGCGUGUUGUCUCAGUGGAGUUGCCCAAGGUUUACAAAGAGGGCUGGAGAACUGUGUUCAGCGCAGACCCGACGGUAGUAGACCUGCACAAGAUGGGGCCUUACUACUACGGCCUGGGCUCACAGAUGCUGCACUUCGACAGCCCGGAGAAUCCAGAGAUAGCACAGGCUAUACUUCAGACAUUUAUUGGUCGUUUUCGCCGAACCAUGGAUUCCUCCCAGAAUGCCUACAACGAGGACACGUCUGCCCUGGUGGAGCGACUGGAUUACCUGGAGAGGGCGCUUUUCAAGGCUGGGCAGAGUGGCCUCAACAGCUUCCAGUGCUGGGAAAGGGGCCGUGCGUCAACUCUCACUGCUUCCAGCCUGGUGCUCAACUACCGCAAGAGGAAGAUCACUGAUCUGCAGCCCUAAGGGUGAUCCCCAAGCAAUACAAAUCACAGGGCAGGACAGAGGACUGUAAUGGGACUGUUGAGGACUGAUGUGUGUUGUAUAGCUGUGUUUUUUUUUUGUAUGUCUGUUGUAAAGUGGUAUGUUUGAUAAAUGUUUUUCAAAAGCUUGUAAAUAUUUGUAAUCUUAUUAUACAAUG